AUGUUGAAAACGUUUCUCUUUCUCCUAUCGCUCUCUGUCAUUAGCUGCAGUAGUAAUGAGUAUCAAAGUACAUUGGUGAGGAAGAAGUUCACAACCAUGGCAGUUUCUUCAGAUAGCUAUUGCUACAUAUUUGAGCGCAGAGUAUAUCAUGCAGAUAAUCAUAUUGAGUGUGUUGAAUACGAAUCUGACUGCUCGUAUUGUCAAUCUGAUCAUACGGAAACAGCUUCUGACACAAAUAUUUGUAAGAUAGAAGCUAAUUGGAAAAAUUACAUUGAAAGAAAAUGGAGGUUAUUCCUCGAAGAAAUAUAUGCGGGCACACGAUCGCAGCCACAAGCACCAGUCUGUUUAGGAUUCUAA